GUACGAUCUGUUAAUUGUUCAUCGAUUUGACUUGGUGCGCGUUUUAUAUCAAGAAGAGUACUUUUUGUGGUUAAAUUGAUUGACCGGAAAAAGAGAUACCGGCAGUCCCCACUUUUCUUUGAAGUCACUCAACGCUUGAUUAUUGGAGAAAAUGUCCAUCCGAACAUAUUCCGACAAAAAAGUAGCUUACUUUGAGAAACUUAACAGGCUUUGUGAGACCUAUAACAAAAUUCUCGUCGUUUAUGCAGACCAUGUUGGCUCACGACAAAUGGCAAAAAUACGUCAAGAUUUAAGAGGAAAAGGUGUUCUUCUUAUGGGGAAGAAUACAAUGAUACGAACAUGUAUACGCGCUAUGGAAGUCAAAAUACCACAAUUGGAAGCGUUGAGACCAUGUGUAAAGCAGAAUAUUGGAUUAAUUUUUUGUGCUGCGAAUCAUGCUGAAAUUCGUCAAAUAAUUCAAGAGAAUCGUAUUCCAGCUCCCGCUCGACAGGGUGUUAUUGCCCCGGUUGAAGUGACGGUUUCCGCUGGUGGUACAGGUUUAGAUCCUGGUCAAACAUCUUUUUUUCAAACGUUAGGAAUAGCAACGAAACUUACUAAAGGACAAAUUGAAAUUCUUACUGAUGUCAAUCUCAUUAAGCCUGGUGAUAAAGUUACCGCAUCUCAAUCGACUUUAUUACAAAAACUUAAUAUCAAACCAUUUAGUUAUGGUUUAGAAAUGCGCCAAGUUUAUGAUAAUGGAAGUGUGUAUGAUGCUUCUGUGCUUGACAUUCAGGAUAGUGAUAUUAUCCAAAAGUUUUUGCGUGGGGUGCAAAAUGUUGCUGCGUUGUCACGACAAGUCGGAUUACCAAAUGAAGUUUCCGUUGUUCAUUCAGUGUUGGAAGCAUUCAAGAUGUGUGUUUCUCUUGUAUUGGAUACUGAUUUUAUUUUUGAAGAAAUGAAACCAAUUAAAGAACGUUUAGAUAAUCCUGAUGCUUUUGUUUCUGAAACUCCGGCUGCUGCUACCACUCCUGCACCAACAACAGCUCAAGAAACCAAGGAAGAAGAACCAGAAGAAGAAGAAGAAGAUUUCGGUUUUGAUCUUUUUGGUUAAUAAUUUUUAAUUAAAAAAAACCUUGAAAAGCAUACCACGAAACAUAAAAAUUAAAAAUUUUUGUUUUAUCUUGAA